CGUGGUCUUGGCGGCCGGGAAGAUGGCUAAGAUCCGGGAGCUGGAGAAUGCCUUUCUGCAAGCGCAGCCCUCGCCCCAACUUUCCCCUGAGAUCCAGGGCGAGUGUUGUGUGCAGCUACUGGGCAAAGAUUUGCUAGGCUAUCCCGAAGAAAGAGCGUACCUGGCAGCUGAAGCGCAGCCCCCGGGCGCGCCCAGCAGUGGGGAGAAAAGGGGGGACCCGGAGCUGCAGGUGGGAGUUAAAUCAGAAAUGCAGUUGAACAACGGGAAUUUGUCCUCUGAAGAAGAGGAUGCUGAGAUCCACUACAGCAAAACCAAAGCAGCGGACCAACACCUGUCUCAGAAGAAAACCAUCACGCAAAUUAUGAAGGCCAAGAAGAAGCAGACUCAGCUCACGCUGCAGUGGCUUGAAGAGAAUUACAUAGUGUGUGAAGGUGUUUGCCUACCACGGUGUAUCCUUUAUGCACAUUAUUUAGAUUUCUGCCGGAAAGAGAAAUUGGAGCCAGCCUGUGCAGCCACCUUCGGAAAGACCAUUCGCCAGAAAUUCCCCCUCCUCACCACACGGCGUCUUGGAACAAGAGGACAUUCAAAGUAUCAUUACUAUGGGAUUGGCAUCAAAGAGAGCAGUGCAUAUUACCACUCCGUGUAUUCUGGGAAGGGCCUGACAAGGUUUUCUGGGAGCAAGCUAAAGAAUGAGGGUGGUUUCACUCGUAAAUAUUCACUGAGCUCAAAAACAGGAACACUUCUUCCAGAAUUCCCCAGUGCUCAACACCUUGUGUACCAAGGAUGCAUUUCUAAGGACAAGGUUGAUACCCUCAUAAUGAUGUAUAAAACUCACUGCCAGUGUAUCCUGGACAAUGCAAUUAGUGGAAACUUUGAAGAGAUCCAGCAUUUUUUAUUGCAUUUUUGGCAAGGGAUGCCUGAUCAUCUUCUUCCCUUGCUUGAAAAUCCUGUCAUCAUUGACAUUUUCUGUGUUUGUGAUUCAAUUCUUUAUAAGGUUCUUACAGACAUACUCAUUCCUGCUACAAUGCAAGAAAUGCCUGAAAGUUUAUUAGCAGACAUAAGAAAUUUUGCCAAAAACUGGGAGCAAUGGGUUGUUUCAUCUUUGGAAAACUUGCCUGAAGCCCUAACUGACAAGAAAAUACCGAUUGUGAGAAGAUUUGUAUCUUCUCUGAAGCGACAAACAUCUUUCUUACAUCUUGCUCAGAUUGCCAGGCCAGCUCUCUUUGACCAACAUGUUGUGAAUUCCAUGGUAUCUGAUAUUGAAAAGGUUGACUUGAAUAGCAUUGGGUCUCAGGCCCUCCUUACCAUUUCAGGCAGCACAGACACGGAAUCUGAUCUCUACAGUGAACACGACUCUAUCACUGUGUUCCAAGAGCUAAAGGAUCUGCUUAAGAAGAACGCCACGGUGGAGGCUUUUAUUGAAUGGCUGGAUACUGUGGUAGAACAGAGGGUUAUAAAGACCAGCAAACAAAAUGGGAGAUCGUUAAAGAAGAGGGCUCAAGACUUCCUACUAAAGUGGAGCUUUUUUGGGGCUCGAGUGAUGCACAAUCUCACCUUGAACAAUGCAUCAAGUUUUGGUUCUUUCCACUUGAUCCGAAUGCUUCUUGAUGAAUAUAUUCUUCUGGCCAUGGAAACUCAGUUUAAUAAUGACAAAGAACAGGAGUUACAGAAUUUAUUGGACAAGUAUAUGAAGAAUUCAGAUGCAAGUAAAGCUGCCUUCACUGCUUCCCCAAGUUCCUGCUUCCUGGCAAACCGUAAUAAAGGCAGCUCGGCGUCCAGUGAUGCGGUGAAGAACGAAAGCCAUGUGGAGACCUCUUACCUUGCCCUGUCAUCCAGCCAGCCUGGAGGCUUGCCCCCUGCUCUUCACCCAUUCCCUGCUGAAAGCACAAACAACAUGCCUCUCACAGGCCAAAUGGAGCUUUCACAGAGUGCUGGUCAUCUGAUGACACCACCUAUUUCUCCAGCCACCGCAAGCCGCGGAAGUGUCAUUAACCAAGGGCCAAUGGCAGGGAGACCCCCCAGUGUGGGCCCUGUACUGACAGUCCCAUCACACUGCUCAACAUACCCAGAGCCCGGUUAUCCUACCCUCCCGCAAGCCAACCAUGACUUUUAUGCCGCUAGCCCUAACUAUCAGACUGUGUUUAGGGCACAGCCCCAUCCCUCGUCAGGACUCUAUCCACAUCGCUCAGAGCAUGGGAGAUGCAUGGCCUGGACAGAACAGCAGCUUUCCAGAGACUUCUUCGGUGGCAGUUGUGCUGGAUCUCCCUAUAAUUCUCGGCCACCUUCCAGCUAUGGACAAUCCUCACAUGCCCAAGAGUUUUUAAAUGCAGGAGGCUUCAACUUCCUGAGCAACGCAGGGACUGCCAGCUGCCAGGGAGCAACAGUGCCUUCAAAUUCACCAAAUGAGUACUAUGGAAGUAAUAUCAACUACCAAGAGGCUCAUAGGCUUGGGUCUAUGGUGAACCAGCAUGUUUCAGUCAUCAGUAGCGUUCGCUCUCUGCCUCCGUACAGUGACAUCCACGAUCCCCUUGACAUUUUAGAUGACAGCAGUAGAAAGCAGACCAGUUCAUUUUAUGCAGACACACCUUCUCCAGCUGCGGGUCGGACUCCAGUAGUUGCUUCUAGCUUGCAAACCCCAAUUUCUUCCUCCUCAUCCCAAUGUAUGUAUGGAACUUCUAAUCAGUAUCCAGUGCAAGACACUCUGGAUUCCCACGGAGCAAACAACAGAGAAAUGGUGUCCUCCUUACCACCCAUCAACACGGUGUUUAUGGGAACAGCAGCCGGAGGCACUUAA